AUGUGGCUGCGUCAAGGAUCAAAAGCCUGCGAUCUCAUCGCUAUAACGGAGACAUUGUUACGCCCUGAAAUAAGUGACAUGGAGAUCGCACUGCCAGACAUGUCCACUGUUCGGCACAACCUACCCAGAAAAGGUGGAGGGGUGGCUCUGUACUUCCGCAACGACCUCCAAUGGGAGCUUAUAGAGGAUUCGGUCAGCACAGUACAAGAUUCCCUUUGGUGUUGUCUACAUUUAAAAGGCGACGACACUUGCUUAGUAGCGGGCAUUUCUCGACCUCCUUCCUCCACGCCCGAGAUGGACUGCCAUCUGGCAUCCGCAGUAAGGGGGGUGAUAAACACAAUUUACAGUUACAUUCCCAUUACUGGCGAUUUCAACAUCCACGCUCUGGAAUCCCAAGCCACUCCCGGAGAACAGUUUAAAGCCGACAUACAACAGCUAGUCUCCAGUUACCCGCUGUAUGGCCACAUCAACACUCCCACCCGAUUCCGAGAAGAUAAACCGUCAAUACUGGAUGGGAUAUUCACCAACGACGAACGAGAAGUUGAUCGUCGACGUCCACAUUGGCCAUAG